CAAAACCCUAAUCUCUGCUGACAGCAAACACAGAGAGAGGAAUUGUGUGGCUAAUCUCAGCAGGGAGGGAAGCACAUAUUGGAGCCUUGGAAUUCUACUUCGCAUCACUGUAAAAAGGCAAGCUUGGUUUCAUUGUUCGUGUAAGAUCCAGAAUAUCAUAGUCAUAUGCGCAUGUUUUAUGCUUUACAUUGCUCUCGUUUCUCUGUGAUUGAUAGUAUUCCAAGAGUAACAUUUUUAGUAGUUAAAAUUGUAUAGGAUUAGAGAUGAGAAUUGUGCAAAUCUGCAAAACCCUCAUCUCACUCUCUCACAAAAACCCUCCACAUCUCCACAAACCCCCAAUUCCCCACUACUCAAUCUCUCUCUUUUUUCUCUCCUCCUCCUCCUCCUCCUCCGUACCCAGUAGCGAACAAUCAAAUUCCACCAUAGCUGUCGUAGACUACUUGAUCAACCAGCAACAGUUCUCCCCUGAAGCCGCUCUUAAAGCCUCAUCAGCAAUAACUUACCUGAAAAAACCCGAAGCGGCAGAUUCCAUACUUUUGUUCCUUAAGGAGAGCGGUUUCUCUAAAACCCAUAUCGAGCAAGUUGUUAAGAGCCGCCCCGAAGUUCUCUCUUCCAAACUCACCAGUACCAUCAAACCGAAAAUUAAGGUUUUCCAGGACUUGGGCUUUGCGCCCGACGACAUUGCGGAUAUCAUAUCCACUGACCCAUGGAUUCUUACACGAAGUGCGCAUAAGCUUGGACCCUCAAUUUUGGUGUUGAAGAGUAUACUGGGCUCCAAUGCAGGUGUUGUUAGGGUCUUAAAGAUUUCUGCGUGGUUUUUAAAGCAUGAUUUGCAAAAGACUAUGUUGCCCAAUAUCGAAUUUAUGAAGCAUUGUGGAAUUAGUUCUUCGCAGAUUGUUAAAUAUUUGUUUAACUUCCCUAGGUUUUUUCUGCUUAAGCCAGCAAGUAUUCGGGAUUUCGUUCAAACGGUUGAUGAAAUGGGUUGCAAUAGGAAAUCAAAGAUGUUUCUUUCUGCUAUUCGGACAGUGAGUUCAAUGACAGAAGAGAAUUGGGAGCUCAAGUUGAAGCUUUUUCGAAGUCUAGGGUUUUCAGAAAGUGAUAUUCUGGAUGUGUUUAGGAGGGUGCCUCAGGUUUUUGCUGUAUCUGAGAGGAAAAUCAAGGGGGUAACGGAAGUGCUGCUGCUUAGUGCGUGGAACAUAGAUAUCUCUUAUAUAGUUAGCCACCCGGAAUUGCUUAUUUGCAGCAUUGAGAACAGGUUAAAGCCCCGUCUACGAGUGUUGGAGAUUCUGGAAAAGAAAAAUAUGCUUAAGAAGAAACCCUGUUUGACCACAGUUUGCAAAAUGACUGAGAAGAGGUUCUCAGACAAAUAUUUGCUUCCUUAUUCAAAAGAACUGACGGAGCCAAAGUAGAUGUGUACAAUUUGCUGGGAAUUCCUGAGCAGCUAAAAGAAGCCGUUAUACAAAGCAAUGUAUAAUCUUUGAUGUCCCUGGGCAAUUCAUCAAUAGUAAUGCUUAUAAGUGGAAUACAUGAAGAGUUCAGUUUUGGAAGGGCCAUAACAGAAAUUGGAAGCAUUGUUAUUCAGGGAUUAUAGAGGAGUAUCAGGCAACUAGGCCAAUUGUCUUUGGACCAAAUGACAUCUCCUCCUGACAAUGAUUUUGUUUAUAGGAUUAUAGAGGAGUAUCAGGCAACUAGGCCAAUUGUCUUUGGACCAAAUGACAUCUCCUCCUGACAAUUAAUAAGAGGUGGAGGGUGAAGUCAGUUCAGCCAGUGCUCACUAGUUUGGUGCACAUGGUCUCAAAUGAAUACAGACUCAAAGUUGUAACAUUGAAUACCAUACAACUCCUUUUUUUUUUUUUUUUUGAUAAAGGAUUCUUCUUUUCUCAUUAAUUCAAGUUCAAAACAGAGGGAACAAUUUGCUCCAUCUGCAAAAAAUAUCAGCAAUACAUUCAGGUGCCUCAUGAAUUCAUAAUUUAUCCAUAACAUUCCUUGUAGCUAAUCUAGACAGGGUAUAUGCCGCCUUGUUACCCUCCCUACGAACAAAAGAUAGCUUCCAAUGUUGUAGUGAUUGUAACUCCUGCUUAAUGUCAUC